AUUGUCAAACGUUUUCAAAACCCUCAGAGUGGUAUGUUGUUGAGUUUGUGUGUGUGAGAGAGUCUCUGUCGCUCGCUGUGCCUCCAAACUCCAAAGCCGCUUUUCUUUUCGAGUUUCCGACUGCGAAGAAGACAAAGAAACAAACACCCAGCGGAACCCUACCCUCUCCCAUCUUCUCCUCUUUCUUCUCUCUCUCUCCUCGUGAUUUCUUAUUCGGUUUCGCAUUCGCGUCUUCGAACUCGAAACCCCAUUCUUCUUCUUCGUUUUUUCUUUUCCCUCUUCCUUUCGUGUUUCCUGGGGCUGUGAAGAGAGAAUGGUAGCUGGUAGUGGGAGUGGUUCUCCGAGGGCUGAGGGUGGAAACGGUAAUAACACACAGAUACUGUCGGCGAGAGUGCGAAGAACCAUUCAAUCCAUCAAAGAAAUCGUUGGGAACCAUUCUGAUGCUGAUAUCUAUGUCGCUCUCAAGGAAACAAACAUGGAUCCUAACGAUGCUGCUCAGAAAUUGCUCAACCAAGAUCCAUUCCAUGAGGUGAAGAGAAGGAGAGACCGAAAGAAGGAGCCUCAAAAUGUUGGGAACCCAGUCCCUGUCAACCCACGAAGGAAUUCUGAGAAUGUUGGUCAAGGAAAGAAAUAUAAUACCCCUUUUGAACAUAAUAAUGUUCGAAGAACAAACUAUUCUCGGAAUACCUUACCUGGCAUCAGCAGAGAGUUUCGAGUUGUCAGAGACAAUAGAGUAAAUCACAUAUAUAAAGAAGUAAAGCCUCCUUCAGUGCAAUGCUCAACAUCUACCAAUGAGCAGUCAAUUGUGAACACUUCUGAAAAAGGAUCAUCAACUGCUUAUAGUAAUCAAAGGUCAUCUGGUGCAAGAAAUAUAUCGCAGGCUCUAAAUGGUCCUCCUAAUUCACAUGGAAGAUACUCAAAAGAUGCUAUUCCAAAUGCCAGUGACAGAAAAUUUACACCUGCUAAGGAAGGUGCAACAUCAAAUGUAGCAUCACAAGAGCAACCAACAAAGCCCAAUAACAACCAGAAUUCUACAACUGUGGCAUCAACCAGUUCUGCUAUUGGGGUUUAUUCCUCUUCAACAGAUCCAGUUCAUGUCCCCUCCCCUGAUUCCAGAUCAUCAGGUGUUGUAGGGGCGAUUAGGCGUGAAGUGGGGGUUGUUGGUGGACGUAGACAGGCUUCAGACAACUCAGUCAAACAAUCAUCCGUUCCUAGUUCUUUUGCUAAUACUCUUACUGGAAAAGAUGGUACAUCUGCAGAUUCAUUUCAUUCAGUUGGUAUCAUCUCAAAGACUGAACAAUUUAGUCAAACUAAUAUAACUGAACCUUCCUUCACUGGCAUGACAGUUAGCAGGCCAUCCAUGAGCAAUCAAUAUAACGGCCGACCACAUCAACAACUUGUGGGACAUCAGAGAGUUACUCAGCAUAAUAAAGAGUGGAAACCUAAAUCAAGCCAGAAGUUGAGUAAUAAUGGUCCCGGAGUGAUUGGAACACCUAAAAAGCUUGCGUCAACUCCAGUGGAAAACUCUAAGGAUACGGAAUCAGAUACUGCAAAGCUGCAAGAUAAACUUUCCCAAGUAAAUAUCAGUGAGAACCAGAAUGUGAUUAUUGCACAGCAUAUUCGAGUUAGAGACACUGAUCGCGCUCUGCUGACCUUUGGUAGCAUUGGGACAGAAUUUAAUUCCUCAAGACAUCAACCUAACAAUAUAGGAGUUGCUGAGAAAUCAAAUGAGGAAUCUACUGCCAGCUUGACAGUGCCUGCUUCAGAGUUGUCCGCUGACGAUGUUCCUGGGAGCAAGCAGGUAGACUUGCAGGAAGACCACAUCAGAAAUCCUGUAUCUGACUCUCCAGCAUCUGGUGCUACUGAGCUGCAAUUGCAUGAUAACAGAGAAUCCUCAAGUCCUCAGAAUCAGGGUCCUUAUGGCAGUAUUAGGUUGGUUCGUGAAAGUAGUCCUUCUUAUGUGCCUGCUGAGUCACAGCAUCAGCAAGAUUCUCAUGAUAUGCCUGGAUUUGCAGCCUAUGAUCCUCCAACUGGUUACGACAUGCCUUAUUUCAGACCCACAAUAGAUGAUACUCUCCGAGGGCAGGGUCUACCAUCACCUCAAGAGGGCUUAAGUUCCCAUGUGGCCAACAGUGUUCCCGCUUCCACAGUUUCCAUGGUGCAACCUCCUGUGGCACAGAUGUAUCCACAAGUACAUGUUUCACAUUUUGCUAAUCUUAUGCCGUAUCGUCAGUUCUUGUCACCAGUCUAUGUUCCGCCAAUGGCUAUGCCUGGAUAUUCAAGUAAUCCUCCCUAUCCUCAUCCAACAAAUGGCAGCAGUUACUUGUUGAUGCCUGGAGGUAGUUCCCAUCUUAAUGCGAACAGCCUUAAAUACGGAGUUCAGCAGUUCAAGCCUGUUCCUGCUGGAAGUCCUACUGGGUUUGGAAAUUUUGCUAAUCCAACCGGGUAUGCCAUGAUGCCUCCUGGUGUGGUUGGGGGUGCAACAGCUUUAGAAGAUUCUUCUCGUGUCAAGUACAAAGAUAAUCUUUAUGUUCCAAAUCCUCAGGCCGAGACAUCAGAAAUCUGGAUACAGAAUCCAAGGGAGCUUCCUGGCAUGCAAUCGGCUCCAUACUAUAACUUGCCAGGGCAAACACCUCAUGGUGCCUAUAUGCCAUCGCACACCGGCCAUGCCUCGUUCAAUGCUGCAGCAGCAGCAGCAGCUCAAUCUUCACACAUGCAGUUUCCUGGCAUGUAUCACGCCUCGCCACAGCCAACUGCAAUGGCUAACCCUCAUCAUUUAGGACCAGCGAUGGGAAACAAUGUUGGAGUUGGAGUGGCUCCAGCUGCACCUGGACCACAGGUUGGUGCAUAUCAGCAGCCCCAGUUAGGUCACCUCAAUUGGACUACAAAUUUCUGAAGGGGAAAACAAGAAACCAUGAAAUCUAACCCUGUGUGUACAAGGGACUGAAGCAGAUAUAGGAAAAAAAAUGGUAGCUUUUUAUUUGUGAAAUGAAUAACAUUUUUUUUCUCUCCAAUAUGCAUUGAGGCAUUUAAGUUUUCCAUCUCA